GAAGGAUCAGAUUUAUCCCUCGUUUUGUGGGAUUCUCGUAAGCUGCGCAGGUAUAAAGGCUGUAAAUCACUUGAAGGGCAGCUUCUAUUUGCAGUGUUUAUAAAAUAACAGUGAAAAAAAAAUUCAACAAAUUGCUGUAUGUAUUAUCAAGAUCGAUUUUCUAUGUGGUUCAAUGAAUAAUAAUACGCCCUUUUUUCGAAUAAAAAAAAACUCUUUUUAUGUGGCUGAAUGAAUGAUAAUACGACUUUUUUUCGAAUAAAAAAAAGUAUAGAAUUAGCCACCGAUUUCGACACGCUUGACUGCGCAUGCAAAGUUUAGAAUCCAUAAUCUUCAUUUUAUUACUUCAAUCAAGAUAUUUCAAGCCUAAAAUCGCUUCCCUAUUUACUCGACAUAAAAAGGUUGCAGCACUAAAAAUAAGUCCAAUAAAUCAAAUAAAAAGGCAUAAAUCCGUCCGAUCCGAAAAUAUCCGAAUGAAAUUGAGUAUCACACGGUUUUCAAAUAUUCGCUCGGCGAUGGCCAGCAACGCAUACAUUUUCAUCCGCGCAUUUACGCGCGUGUAGUGUAUACGCGCUAGCGGUUCGACGAUCUCGGUCACACCUGCAGUACUGUAUAGCAGCGACGUGUGCGGGAGAUACGCGACACGAUAUGUACCGGGAAAUUUAUAUGUAGCUGAAGGAGCUACAUUGAUGCAAAGCGGAAGGCUGCAGCCAAUGACCGCAAUAACUUUGGAAAGAUCUACGAUGCCCGCGCGCACGUUCGAAUAUUAAUAAAUUCAACAUGAAGGGAAGAUCAGAUCGCGUUAUAUCGCGCCUGAUCUCUUCUUAUUAAUGGGAAUCAGCUUGCAAGGUGCUAUGUGCCAUCUCUAUAUAUAAGAGGCGGCGACGUCGUUGCGCUUCUCGCCAGUGCGAUUCGAGUCUUUCACGCGUAAGAUUAUCGCCGCGUUGAAGUUUGCCAUUUUGGAAGGCCAUUUUUUAUAACUUUUUUUGAAAAAAUGCCGAAGUGGAAGAUUACGGGCAAUGUCGAGGACGUGGAAGAAAGUGAUAACAUUGCGAGUGAAGACAAGACGGACGAAGAGAAAACCGAGGAGGAGAUCAGUGUUUCUGUCAAACUGAAUUUGCCGAAACUUAAGGCUAAAAUAACAGUCGACGACGAUGCUGAGCAGGAAGGUGAAGGAAAAGCGAAAUCUGAAGAAGAUGAGCUUCCUUUGAGUGUCAUUCAGAAGAAAAAGAUGUUUCAAGGAUUGAUGAACGAAGCAAAGGAAAGAUCGAAUUCGUUCAAGUCGAAAAUUAUUUCACAAUUGUACGAGGUUUUCAAAAUGUUUGACAGUGAUCACGAUGGAUUCAUAGAUGAGAGCGAUUUGAAGUUCACUUUUACAUCAAUGGGAGAGACAGAUGUAUCGGAUGAGAAAAUCAAAGCUAUGAUAAGUGAAAGUGAAAAGCCAAUUGAUUUUCAUGCAUUUGUUGGAUUAUUCGAGUCCAAAGAGAUGGAAUUCGAUCCUGAAAUGGAGCUGUUGACAGCAUUUUACAAAUGGGAUACUAAAAGCAAUGGAUCUUUGCUGGAAGAAACCUUGAAACAAGAUCUUCAGUCUUGGGGAGAUAGAUUUUCAGAAAAGGAAGCUGGCUAUGCAUUGGAAGAAGCUCCUCUGUACGAAGAAGAUGAGAAAAAUACGAUUGAUUACGUCGAAUUCUGUGCAAAUAUUUGUGGACUGCAAAAUAUAAGGGAGAGCGAUCUAUAUCGAGAAUAUCAAGAAAAGUAUUUGAAUAAUUUGACCAAAUAGAUCUGUAACGAAAAUAGACUUUAUAAAAUCAAAAUAUUGUACAUACAGUCAGUAGAAAUUAUAUUUACAGUUCUUUUGACUAUUCUUUUGAUGUAGUUGUUUCUCGUUGAAAUUAGUGUUAAAUAAAAAUCAAGCUGCUUAUUACAAAGCUUAUACUUUUUGUAAUAAAUUCAUGAUUUGUAUAU